GCGCCGGACGAGCUUGUGUGGCUAUUACCUGACAGUGAAUUGGAGCCGUUUGGUUUCUCAGUUGGGGGAGGCACAUGGGGGUCUUCUCGUCGAGUCACCAGCGGCCCGACGAGAUCCCUUCGCUCCUGGGCGGCCCACGGCCGGCUCUGAUAUCUUGGAGUGAAGCGAGGGAGGCUUCCGCUGGGGAAGGGAGGAGAGAGCAGAUCUGGGAGUCAGAGGAGGGGAAGGGAAGAGCUCGCCUCCGGGCUGUGAGGAUAAGAGGAGCGAGGUCCCGGGGGCACGGGGAGGGGUAGUGGUCAAGCCUGCGUUUAUAGAAGGAGCAAAAGGUGAAUUUUAGAACAAAAAUCCACCUUCUCCAAUUAUGUUUCUUCUUGUGAUCUGAUUUCUUGCUCCCUGCGAUGCGGUGCCUUGGGCUAGUUUUCAGUGGUUUUAUUUUCACUGACCGUGAAGUGGAGAUGUUCAUUUACCCAGGAAUGUGUUGCUUGAGGCAGUUCACCUGAGGCUGUAUUGCUUUUUUAAAAAUGUUGGAACAUAACAAAGCAGAACAGAGAGUCCUUGCAGCAACCAUCUGAUCAUCGCCUUUGCCCUUAACCUUUGGCCACUGCCUGUCGCUAAGAUGAGCACCCGCUUUCCCUCUCCUUCCGACGCUGAGCGUCGAGUCCGGAGCACGUUGAAGAAGGUCUUUGGGUUUGACUCUUUUAAGACGCCUUUACAGGGAAGUGCGACCACGGCUGUGGUGAAAGGUGACAGGGAUGUCUUUGUGUGCAUGCCCACGGGGGCAGGAAAGUCCCUCUGCUAUCAGCUCCCUGCUGUCUUGGCGAGAGGCAUCACCAUUGUCAUCUCUCCUCUCAUUGCUUUGAUUCAGGACCAGGUGGACCACUUGCUGGCCCUGAAGGUACGAGUGAGUUCCUUGAACUCAAAGCUCUCCGCACAGGAGAAGAAGGAGCUGCUGUCUGACCUGGAGCAAGAAAAGCCCCGGAUCAAACUUCUGUACAUCACGCCAGAGAUGGCGGCCUCGGCCUCCUUCCAGCCCACCCUGAACUCCCUGGUGUCCCGCCACCUGCUCUCCUACCUAGUGGUGGACGAAGCUCAUUGUGUUUCACAGUGGGGACAUGACUUCCGUCCUGACUACUUGCGUCUGGGCGCCCUGCGCUCCCACCUGGCACACAUCCCGUGCGUCGCUCUGACCGCCACCGCCACCCCACAGGUCCAAGAGGACGUGUUUGCCACCCUGCACCUGAAGCAGCCGGUCGCCACCUUCAAGACGCCCUGCUUCCGAGCCAACCUCUUCUAUGACGUGCAAUUCAAGGAACUGCUCUCUGACCCCUACGGGAACCUGAAGGACUUCUGCCUUAAGGCUCUUGGACAGAAGGCUGAUAAGGGGAUGUUGUCCGGCUGCGGCAUUGUCUACUGCAGAACCAGAGAGGCCUGUGAGCAGCUGGCCAUAGAGCUCAGUUACAGGGGUGUCAACGCCAAGGCUUACCAUGCAGGGCUGAAGGCUUCUGAAAGGACGCUGGUGCAGAACGAGUGGAUGGAGGAGAAGGUCCCUGUGAUCGUGGCGACCAUUAGUUUUGGGAUGGGAGUGGACAAAGCCAAUGUCAGGUUUGUCGCCCACUGGAAUAUUGCCAAGUCUAUGGCUGGGUACUACCAGGAGUCUGGCCGGGCAGGCAGGGAUGGGAAGCUGUCCUGGUGCCGCCUCUAUUACUCCAGGAAUGACCGGGACCAAGUCAGCUUCCUGAUCAGAAAGGAAAUAGCAAAACUCCAGGAAAAGAGGGGGAACAAAGCAUCUGAUAAAGCUACUCUCUUGGCCUUUGAUGCCCUGGUGACCUUCUGUGAAGAAACGGGGUGCCGCCACGCCGCCAUUGCCAAGUACUUCGGGGAUGCCACCCCAGCCUGCGCCAGAGGCUGCGACCACUGCCAGAACCCCACGGCCGUGCGGAGACAGCUGGACGCCUUGGAGCACCGCAGCUGGAGCAAGACCUGCAUCGGGCCCUCCCAGGGCAAUGGCUUCGACCCCGAGCUCUAUGAGGGCGGCCGCAGGGGAUAUGGGGGCUUCGGCAGGUAUGAGGAAGGUUCUGGAGGCAGCGGGGACGAGGCCAGAGAGGAGGCCCACAAGAAGGAGUGGAAUCUCUUCUACCACAAGCAGAUGAGCCUGCGAAAGGGCAAAGACCCGAAGGUGGAAGAAUUUGUACCCCCAGAUGAGGACUGUCCUCUGAAGGAGGCUUCUAGCAGGAAGAUCCCCAGGCUCACUGUGAAGGCCCGUGAGCACUGCCUGCGGCUCCUGGAGGAGGCUCUGAGCAGUAACCGCCGGGCCACUGGCACCCAGGGACCUGACCUCCAGGCUGAGGCCGUGGAGCUGGAGCACCAGACCUUCCGAAACGCCAAGGUGGCCAACCUGUACAAGGCCAGCGUGCUGAAGAAGGUGGCCGAGAUCCACAGGGCCUCCAAGGACGGGCAGCCGUACGACGUGGGAGGCGCUGCCCAGAGCAGCAGGCCCCAGGCCGGGCCCCCGGAGCCCAGCGAGCACGACAUCCAGCCCGCCUCCCAGGUGUACUCGCUCAAGCCCAAGCGGGUAGGAGCUGGUUUCCCCAAAGGCUCCUGCCCGUUCCAGACGGCCACGGAGCUGAUGGAGAAGACUCGGGCGGUGCAGCAAGCGCCCCUGCCUGAGGGGGGAGAUGCGCAGCAGCCCCCUGCCCAGCCCUGCAGCCUCCAGGAUGAGGACCACAGUGAGCCCCGCCCUGGGCCCGGAGCAGAGGCCCCUGGAAGCAGUGCCCACGCUGGGGGGCCCGCUCCCGAGAAGAAGGCGAAAGGCCCCUCCCGGGGCAGUCCUGUUGCCAAGGCCCGGGCCAAGAAGCAGCAGCUUCUAGCCGCAGCGGCCCUCAAGGACUCUCAGAACAUCGCCCGCUUCUUCUGCCAGAGGCCCGCGAGCCCGCCUCCACUGGCCCCGGCCCCGGGGGCGGAAGGUGCCGGCCCCUCCUGUGAGAAAGUAGGGGGGGCCCUGAUGGCGGCCCCAGAGAACACAGGGGAGGAGACUGGAGCCCUGGGACGCUUGGCUGUCCCCCUUCAGCCCGAGGAGUGCCCCGGGGAGGCGCCAAGACACCCGGGGCCCCCUGGAGGCCAGCACAGCCCCGCAGAGGAGACGCAGAGGGGCAAACGACCCAGACCCCAGCAGGUGCUGACCGGGGAGCACCCAGAGAACUGGGCUCAGAAGAGGCUUCGCCCUUCAGCCCAGGCCUCCAUCUUGGCUGAGGCCCAGGGCAGCAUCUCAGCUGGCCUUCAGGGCACCUUGAACCCUGCGGCCCAUGGCUCCUGCCAGCUCUCAGCUCCUGGCACAUCCCUGAAGGAGGCGGCGAAUGUUGUAGUCAAGUGCCUGACUCCCUUCUACAAGGAGGGCAAGUUCGCCUCCAAGGAGUUAUUCAAAGGCUUCGCCCGCCACCUCUCUCACCUGCUGGCACAGCAGACCUGCCCCGGAAGCAGCGUGAAGGAAGAGGCCCAGCACCUCAUCCAGCAGUUUUUCCUUGGCCGGGGCCGCUGUGAGAGUGACGCGGACUGGCUCAGCCCACGUGACGCCCAGAGAUGAUGGACGGCUGCCCCUCGGGGCCAGCGCGCGCCCCCUGCUGCUGGGGCCUCACUCAGCAUGUGCACAGGCCUGUUGCCACCAGGGCCUCAUCUCAGGUCCUGCCCCCGCCAGCUGCACCUGGCGUGGGGGAGCCCAGACUCCUGUCAAGACCAGAGGUCAGCCCCCUUUCUCGGAGCCUCUCUGUCUCUCCUGGCCCUUGUGGUUGGGUUUUCUGGGCUAGUCCCCCCAGAUCACUAGGUGGUGGGUGGUGUGGAUGCUGCCAGGAGAACAGGAAGAAGGGGUGUCCCCCACUACUUGUACUAAAUGAGUCUAAGCUGGGCGAGGCAUUGGGGCCUACUCAGGAAGAGCCCCUGCUGGCCCCGGGCCCCUGUUCCCCUAGCAAUGCUUGCCUCCUACCUGGCCCCAGGUGAGGUGGGCAGCCAGGGCCUGUUCCCUGGUGGCACCUGGUCAGGAAGGCCAGGCCGGACCCAGGUGGUUGGCAGAGGAAUAAAGUCCUGCUUGUUCUGACGCAAACAUGCACACAGCCCUUUGCUCUCCGGAGUUUUAUUUCCCCUGCAGCUACUUCUCCCAGGCCUGGGCUCCUGCUCAUGUUGAGCCAGGGCCUGGGGCUUGUAGGCCAAGCCAAGUUCCUGCAUCUCCCACCCCAGGCCAGGCCCGGCCUACAGGCGGUUCCCUGCUUGCUUUCCCAGUGGGCGUCACCGUCUCUCCUCAUGGCCGCCAUGAGGUUCCAGAACAGCCGUGUGAAGUCCAAACUCAGUGGC